AUGGCCAACGACGCGGGAACGCCAAGGAAGAACCGUAAGAGGAGGAGGAAGAGGAAGAAGAAGAUGAUGAUGACCGCAGCGUCGUUAACGACGACCGCGAAGACAAAAGACCACCCGGCGGCGCAACUGCAAGGUGAAUUGAACCACGUGCCGAUCCAACCGCCGCCGGCCGCCGCGCGCAAUGCCGGCGAGGGACAGCAGGAGGAUACGCCGGCCGCCGACGAGGCGGUUGCGCAGAGGAAGGAGCCGCCGCGAGAGCAAGAGCAGGAACGCGCCGCCACCGCGACGCCCACCUGCUGCAUCUGCGGCGUGGCGAGAUGGCACAACGAGUACUUCUGCGCCUGGAACUACAUGGACGGGCGCGUCGGCGCCACCUGCAGAGCGGGGUGCGUCCCCAGCCGGCACGCGGCGGUAGCGGCGGCGAGCCACCGCCGCCGGGACGCCUUGCGGCGCUUCGUGCGAGUGACCAACCUGCCAUCGAGCCUUGGCCUGCGGGAGCUCGACCGGCUCUUCCAGCGGUUCGGGCCGCUCCUGAUGUCCGUUAUCACGACGACGCUCGCGCCGCCCGGCAGCGCUGGCUUCGGCUAUGUGGCGUUCAAGGAGCGGGAGCACGCUGAGGAGGCCGUCGACAAGCUCAAUGGUCAUCACGUCGGCGGCCGUAACCUGCGGGUCGACUGGGCCUACCCACGUGCAUGA